GCAUACUAUAAAAUUUCUCUUCACUUACUAUAGAAAACUUAUCCCCUUUCUAUUACGGGUUUGAUAUUCUCAGUGUUAAGUGGUCUUUUCGUCGAUUAGAGAUGGGAAAGAAAAAGAGGGGAAAUUCUGAGGGUGCUGGUACUUCUUCUGGUACUCAGACUGGCAAUCAAGAUAAUACUGAGGAGAAUGAUGAUCAAAAGCUUUUGGAAUUGUUGGGAGGUAUAUCAUUUGUUAACAAACCAUUGAUAAUCCUUUCUCUAUGGGAUACAUCUAGAUUAGAGAGGAAAUGGUAUAGUAUUGUAAGAGGGGUUAAUAGAAGUCUAUUGAUAGAAGAUGUCGCAAGCUUUGAUAACUCAAAUCUAUCUGCUGUAUCUACUUCCAUCAUUUCAGAUACUUAUAUUCUACACUGUCAUGGUGGUGCUAGUAAAGAUGGCAUAGCACAAAAACAAAACUUGUCAUAUGAUAUUCUAAAGAAGGAAUGGUCAACAUCCCAUGAUCUUAAAUUUGCUGGCUGUGGUCAUAUUUCGUUUGCUUCAAAACUUGGGGGUAGUUGUCUUAUAGGAGGUAGUGGAAGUAUUACAUCCGGAGAACAUUUUGCUUUGUCUAAAGGAGGAUAUUUAAGUACAGCAGUUGGUGUGAUUCAUGGAUUACCAGCGAAUUCAUCUGUCUCUUCAUUUGCUUACCACGUGAAAAAAGAUGAGCUAUACUUAUGGACUGAGGGAGCACGUUAUUAUACGUAUUAUACCGCGUCAAAUAAAUGGAUUGAUGGAUCUUCUUCGAAUUCGAUGUUCUCAAAAAGUCCUCAGAAUAUUCAGUCGUAUUUUAUUGGUAACAAUAUGAUAUCCGUGUUAGAGGAUGAAAUAUGGUUGUAUGAUUUGAAAGAUGGCGAGUGGUCUAAAGGUAUAAAAUUACCCAUUCCUCCAAAAACCGAAGAGAAGAUACAUCUCUGUCUUGUGGACUCGAGUCUUUAUGUGCACUGUAUGCAUGCAAAAUGGGGAAACUCAACUGUUUUAUGUAUUCAGUUGAGCACGGAAAGAUCUCGUUACUUAACGGUGCACUGUUUAACGUGUUGGAGAAUUCAAGAUUAUCAACCGCUUCCCCUCUGUGAGUAUUCUCUUACCUUACUUAUUAUAUUAAUGGACUUACAUUCUUUUUUUUACUAGGAACGUGUUGGGGAAUUCAAGUCAAUUUUACUAGAAAAGAAUCACCUUACAUUUUUUUUUUCCUUUCUACUCGAGAAAUCUGGGGAGUCAAAAGGACAAAGCUAAGGUGAAAGAACUGCAUUAUCGCACGAAGAAUAGUGUAUCCAACCAGAUACCUUGGAAGUUGGCGGAAGAUGGUGAUUACCGCCAAAGUUUAGGCCUCAUACUUGGGAAUAAGAUGCCGCACUGUAUUAGCUACAGUGGUAUACUUACGAAUUUGAUGCCUAGCAAUGGUGCUCGAGCAUGCAUGCACGCAGGGUGGAGUACUUGUUUGAAAGACGUUCUUAGUAGCUUCAGCACUGAGCAAUUAUGGGUGGAAACCCUCUCUAGCAAGUGGCCUGGCAAAUUGGAAAUGGGUCAAAUGUUGGUUGCAAUUAUACUAAGAGUGACGAAUUCAUUAGUGGGUUUUAAAGAGCAAGGCUUAUAUAUUAAAAGUAUAAAUGCUGAGAAGAUCGUGUUCCAUGAGUACGACAAGAAUUAUAGGUAUCCCGAGCUAAAGGAUUGCGAAAUUUUGACAGACGAAGAGUCUCAGGACACAUGAUUUGUAUCUUUAGCAGAACUUAUUGAGUCAAUCAAGGGGUUUAUCCCAGGCAGGAUGGGGCCAAAUAUCACUUCAUUUCUGAAAUGCUUACGCGGGAACAGCUCUUAUUGUAAGAAAAUGAUGGACGAAAAGAAAUGGAGACACCUUCUUGCCCAUCCAAAUUUCAUGGACCCAGAAGAAAAAGUUGAUAACUUAGUCGCAAUAAGAUACAGCCUACGUGGAUCCAUGGGUAAAAAUUGUAAAAUUACAAUGGCCGAACUUGGGUGGAAUCCAGUGGCAGCCCCAAUUUCUGACUGGGAACAUUUGGUUACAGAAGCUAGUACUCCAUAUUGCAUCCGUCAACACUUUUAUGAUGCACAUGCUGGGAGAGUGAAAGAUGUAGGUGGAAGGCCUGUAAUUACAAACUAUGAUACAAAAAAUCCAUUGGAUCUCAUCAAAUUCUUGAGAGAUACAUAUGAGCACGUCAACGAUAUUGCACAGGGUUGGCAGAUUUCAAAAAGAAGAUUCGGAAGUUGGAUUGAUACUGUGGCCCCUGGGCUGCUUCCUGUGCACUUCGAAAAGCAUGGUAGUCUUAGGGAUCGGUAUGAGACAGUAGAAAGUACUUGGAACUGAAUUGAAGAUGUUUGGAUUUAUUGCUAUGCUCGAGGCCAAACAUUCUUGAGCAAACCAAUGCAAAGCUACUGGACAAAGAGUCCUCUUGUAUCCUCAAAAAGACCAAAUACAAGAAACUCAAUGAAAUGUGUAGGAUGAAAACAGAAAAUGAAGAACUUGUUUUAUCUUCCUUGUGAAACAGAGUCUCUGCUUACUUGAGAAACUCCUUAGUUUCCAUGUUUUGUUUUAUUUAUUCAGAAUAUUCGAAUCACGGGCCUUUUCAUGGUUGCUUGAUAGAGUUCCCAGUCCAAACUUUGUUUUGUCUAUAUUAGUUUGUGGAUUUGUAAGGUAAAGAUCUUUAUUGGACCUUUUAUAAGAUAAAGAUCAUUCUAAAGUCA